UUCAUGGCGUUCGAAAGGAGAACUUAUUUUGUAUUGACGGUCUAAUGAGUAGCUCUACCAAUGUCACUUGCAUGAUGGGUACUCGGAGAGUUAUCGCAAACGUCAAUUUCGUUUUUCUUCCACUGUUUUUAGAGUCAGAUCUGUUACAGGUCAGGAACUGAAUCUAUUCGGUACGUGUACCACAACAUCUACGUUUCAGUCAUGUCUCUUUCUCAGACCUGUAAUGGCUAUUACAACAGUAAACGGUUGUGUAGCCCAACCACUUGCACUAUCUGUUGCCAACUCAGCCAAGAAAGUAUCAUUCCCCUCCUGGAAAGAUCAUAUUGUGAGUCAAAUCAAUCCACAAUAGGGGACUCAGUGCUGUCAAGGUUCUGAAUUUCCUCUUAUUUAUAGCAUGCCACCUCUACUGUUUCAUUGUAGGUCAUCUUCUGUCAUGACUACUGACCUGCACGAAUAUCUGCCCAGAGCGUGUUUACGUUUGCCUUUUCUCGAAAAAUUCCGACAUCGGAAAUUCGGGGAGUAGUAUUUUGAUGGGAGGAUGUGAGUUGUAGCUCUGUUGCGUGUGAGAGGUGGUAUUCCUUUCAACCAGCCCACCCUGCUCUGUUCCGUCCACUGUCUUUCUCUGUUGCUGCGGUACGCUAUAUCUGGUGCUCUUCGUCUUUUUGUAGUUGAAAUGUUUCUUUAAGGCCUUGAAGCGAGUUACUUUUUAGUUUUUAGUAAUUGGUUUUUAAAUGUUUUGGUUGGUCGGUCUUGUGUGGGUUGGAAAAGCGAUAUUUUAGUUGACGUGGUUUUUGUGGAAUUUCGGUGGAAUUUGAGGAGAGAGGAAGAGGCGCUUUAGUGUAGUUACCAGGAGGAUUUCGGGUGGACUGGAGUGUGGUGAAGUAUCUCAUGCAAUCAGGAGAAAGUAUGCCACUCUCAGUUGCCCAAGUAUGUCAUCGAAGGAUCGCGGUCGCAGUUGAUUUGAGUGAUGAAAGUGCCUAUGCGGUCAAAUGGGCCGUAGAAAACUACCUUCGCUCUGGCGACCACGUAGUUAUCCUUCAUGUGCGACCCACAAGUGUUCUUUUUGGAGCAGACUGGGGCGCGUCAGACCAAGUCAUUCCGGCUGAUGAGGAGUCUCAGCAGAAAAUGGAAGAUGAUUUUGAUACUUUCACAACCACUAAGAGCUCUGACCUUGCUAAAUCACUGUUAGACGCCAAAAUACCUUACAAGAUUCACAUUGUGAAAGAUCAUGACAUGAAGGAGCGAAUAUGCUUGGAGGUCGAGCGACUUGGAGUCCAUGCAAUGAUCAUGGGUAGUCGAGGGUUUGGUGCUUCUAAUCAUACUCGGAAAGGUCGACUUGGUAGUGUCAGUGAUUACUGCCUACAUCACUGUGAUUGCCCUGUCGUUGUUGUGCGAUAUCCGGAGGGUAAGGACGGUGAGACCAUCACACAGCGGUCGAAUUCCAGACCUAGAACCCCUAGUCCACAUGCGCACCCAAGUCCAACUCUGAAGCCUCAAGCCGAAUUUGAUAAGAAAUUCGAAAAUGUAGAUAAAAGCCAGGUUUGAGAAGAUGCUAUCGAUACUCGAGCGGCAUAGAAUGAAAGUGCUUAAGUUGUAAGUCUGCUUGUUUACAUAGGAAUGGAAAUGGAGUUGCAGGCCAUUCCCUAUGUAUGAUAAAAGGCAUCGUUGACAGAUUUCAUCUUAGGAGUAUCUUGCCAGGCCUUCUUGAGAGAUUAACUAAAUUGUGACGCGAAAUGUUUACGUUGGUAUUCAGCAAGUACAGUGGUUUUUCGUCACCAACUAUUUUAGUGUGCUGAAGUUGAAGAUGUCAAGAAUUUCUCUACCCCUGCCGUUUGUUUCGUAAGCUGUUCCUUCGGCUCCCUGCUCUUUACGUUGCGUGUAGAAAGCUUGUCAGAUGCAUCUUUUUGGUGCUCUGAAUGAAUCGGAUAAUCCCGAAGACUCAGCUAUUACAUUAUAUUGUGCUAUUUCAGUUUGCACUUUUUGUAACAUUCCCCUAUUAAGCUCAUAAUACAAGUUCAUCGAA